AAAGUGUGAAGAAAAAGAAGAAGAUAAUACUAUUGAAAGGAAAGUAAUAGAAAAAGAAAAUAUUAAAAAGAAGUUUUCUUGUGAAUUGUGAAUUUAAAAUUGUGUGAAGAAUAUUUAUAUACUUGUAUAUUAUAUACAUAAAACUGAGAUAAUAAUUCUAGAUAAUUAUCAGUGGAAAUAUUCUAUAUAUAUAUAUAUUUUGUUUAUAAAUCCAUACGUUUAUUAUAUAUAUAUAAAUUUGUAUAUAUUUUAUAUAUAAUUAAUUUGUUACGUUGUCAAUACUUUGCAUAACAAAUGUCAAAAAACAAAUUAAAUUUGACGUUACCACCUGGCUCGAUUGAACCAGUUCCAGCUGUGUCUCCAUCACCGCCAGUUCCACCACUGCCUACAUAUUCAGAACCACCCGUUAUGCCAGAUGGUGUAAUGGGCAAAAUGAGUAUCGAUGCAAUUCAAGAAAGAUUAGAAGAGUUAGAGAUGGAUGAAGAACAAAGAAAGAGAUUAGAAAGUUUCUUAGGACAGAAAGAGAAGGUAGGAGAAUUGUGCGAUGAUGAUUUUGAAAAACUUGGAGAACUAGGUGCUGGAAAUGGUGGUGUUGUUAUGAAAGUUAGACAUAAAAAAUAUGGUCUCAUUAUGGCAAGAAAGUUGAUUCAUUUAGAAGUAAAACCGGCUAUUAAAAAGCAAAUCAUAAGGGAAUUAAAAGUAUUACAUGAAUGUAAUUUUGCUCACAUAGUUGGAUUCUAUGGUGCUUUUUAUAGUGAUGGUGAGAUUAGUAUAUGCAUGGAAUACAUGGAUGGUGGAUCGUUAGAUUUGAUAUUAAAAAAAGCUGGAAGAAUUCCAGAACCUAUUCUAGGCACUAUUACAUCCGCUGUGUUAAAAGGUCUAAGUUAUUUGCGUGACAAGCAUGCUAUCAUGCAUCGCGAUGUUAAACCAAGCAAUAUUCUUGUAAAUAGCGCAGGAGAGAUCAAGAUUUGCGAUUUUGGUGUCUCCGGUCAGUUAAUAGAUUCCAUGGCUAAUUCAUUCGUUGGUACCAGAAGUUAUAUGUCGCCAGAAAGAUUACAAGGUACCCAUUAUUCCGUACAAAGUGAUAUUUGGUCGUUAGGAUUGUCUCUUGUUGAAAUGGCUAUUGGUAUGUACCCCAUUCCACCUCCAGAUGAAAAAACAUUAGCAUCGAUAUUUGGUUCACAACCAGGAAGUCAACCUUCAACGGAGACUGCAGCAACAAAUAGCGAGCCUACUCAACCAACUCAACAAUCACCAGGACAUAGUGCUGGUAGCCCAAGACCCAUGGCAAUAUUUGAAUUAUUAGAUUACAUUGUUAAUGAACCACCACCAAAAUUGCCAGUUGGCUUUUUCAGUGACACAUUCACAGAUUUUGUUGAUCGUUGUUUGAAGAAAAAUCCAUCAGAGAGAGCAGACUUAAAAACACUAAUGAGUCACGAAUGGAUAAAAACGGCUGAGUCGGAGAAUGUUGACAUUGCUGGCUGGGUAUGCCGUACAAUGGACCUUCAACCGACCACUCCAACUCGUUUAGCGAACGUACAAUCCUGAAUAAAUGUAACUCUUACAUACUUGACUACUUAUAUACGCGUUCAGUACUCAUAAGUCAGUUAUUAUUUUCUUUUCGUUCGAUUAUAUUAGACAGUGGCGUUAUUUUUUUUUCUUUUGAUUAAUUAAUUUUAUGAUCAUUAAUAUUAUAACUCCAUUUUGUAUGUUUUUUUUUUGUCUCUCAUAUAAUCUUAUUCCUCAUUGUUUAAAGAAAGAAACAAUUUAAUGAUGAAUAAGAUUUAAAAGAGACAAGCAGAGGUUACUAUAAUUAAGAAAAUAAAGUAUAAACUUUGACUAUAGAAUACUCAACAAUCCAUAUGAUAAGUCCGUGUUAAAAAUUAUCAUUAAUUAAUGUAGGGAAAGAUAUUAACGAGUUGAUGAAUUCAAGUGGAGAAAAGAAGAGAAAA